UGCCAAAGCAGAUGUCCCUCGAAAAGCGGUUAAAAUAAAUUCAGUGAAUAGUGAAUGUGCUAAAAAUAAAUAGAAAUUAAGGGCGCAACCAAAUCAGUUGGUUAGAUGGUUCUGUAAAAAUGCCCAGUGGCUAAUUGAAGAACAGCCACUUGUGUCUGUUUCUUAUCGAUUUGUGUAUAGGUCUGCACCCUGUAUGCGAGUACCGCAGGAAAAACAACAGAGUCCUCACGCCCACUAGGUGGCCAAUCUGGAAAAUAAUGCCAAGGUCCAGAAUACCUCAACUCGUCUAACAACAGGCAGUAAUUAAAAAGAGAUUUGCCACCGGAAAUCGCGACGAAAACAAGCGAACGAGUCGAAAUGGAUGUGGGUGGACAGGAAACCACCUAUGAGCCACUGGAUGGACGUGGCUCUGGGCGUUCAAGGAGCACCCACUCCACAACUGGACCGGGUUCGAGGCAUCCUGGCAGCAUGGACAGUCCUGAGUUCGAUACGCGUGCCCCCAAGGAUCAGAGGCACUCCGUUUACCUAGCUCUCCUGGCAGCGGGCAUUGGAUUUGUUUUGCCCUACAAUAGCUUUAUCAUUGCGGCGGACUACUGGCAGGCUCGUUUUCCGGGUCGCCCGGUGGCCCUGGACAUGUCGAUGACCUACAUCUUCGUGGCCUUCGCCACCGUGCUGAUGAACAACAUAGUGCUAUCGGUGGCUCCGUUCCAGUCGCGAGUCCUCUUUGGCUACAUGAUCUCCUUUACCACACUGAUCUUCGUGGCCGUUUGCGAGGUGGCCUGGCAUAUGUUUGCCACCAACACCGCUUAUUUGGUUAAUAUGUCGGCGGUGGCCCUGACCGCCAUCGGUUGCACCGUUCAGCAGUCGAGCUUCUACGGAUUCGCCUCGAUGAUGCCCAAAAAAUAUACUCAGGCGGUGAUGGCCGGCGAGAGUAUCGCCGGAUUCCUGGUGUCUUCCAAUCGGGUCGUUACCAAGCUGCUGAUCAACAACGACCGCGUGUCCACGGUCAUAUUCUUUCUGACCUCCACGCUCUACAUACUCUUCAGCUACCUGUUGCACGUGGCCACCAUCAACUCGCCGUUUGUGCGGUUCCACGUGGAGGCCUGCUCCAAGAUAGUCCUGCGGCCGGAUGAGCAGGAGAUAGACGGAGUUCCAAGUAGUACUCGGUAUGGUGUGCUCUCGAUGGAUGGCACCCAUACCACGACCACGGCGGUGGGACCUCCAGGCACCGGAAAUACGCUGAGUUUUAGUAAUCCCGUCUACGAGCUGUCCAAUCCGACUGCCGGCGAGAACAGCAUCGAGGCCCUAGGACAACUUCCCGAACUUCCACCCACACCACCUGCCCAGGAGCCCACCACUCCAACGACGGUGGCCUUUAAGGUGGAGCACGUGAUCACGCCACGCCGUUGCCGACCGAGCAAGUUGGGUGACAUUCGUGAGGGAUUCGUGACCCGCUGGCGGGUGGCGCAGGUGAUCUACCCGCACAUGGUGUGCAUCGCUUUGGCCUACUGCGUGACCCUCUCCCUGUACCCGGGCAUCGAGGUGGAGGUGCAGUCCUGCGCCCUUCGCUCCUGGAUGCCCGUGCUGCUGAUGUUCUGCUUCAACACGUCCGAUGUGGUGGGCAAGAUCCUGGCCGCCAGUCCGUAUCCGUGGUCGCGUCGCCAGCUGAUCCUGCUGUCCGGCCUGAGGAUCGUCCUGGUGCCGCUCCUCCUUCUCUGCUGUGCUCCUCGCCAGCGUCCCGUGAUCUCCGGCGAAACGGCGCCCUUUGUCUUCACCAUCGCUUUGGGCAUCACCAAUGGACUGGCCGGCAGCCUGCCCAUGAUGCUGGCCCCGGCAAAGGUGCCGGGAACCCUCAAGGAGGUAACCGGCAACAUAAUGACCUUGUCCUACAAUGUGGGUCUGACCGUGGGCUCGCUAAUUGGAUACGUUUUCGAGAGCAUGCUGGGUCCGCAACUGGUGAAUCCCUGUCCCUCGUAUCCCUAUGUGCCCGCCUCGAUGCUGGAGCAGUUCCACGGUCACGGCCAUGGACAUGGCCAUCUACCGCAUCCGCUGCCACUGACCAGCACCAGCACGAUGAGUCCACCAACCACGGGGGCCACUACGCUGGCACCACUCCUGCUCAACACCACAAUGCUGGCCCUCGGCAGCUCCAGUUCCACCACCAGCACCGCCAGUCCAGCGCUGGCCACCGUGAUCACCACCACGGCUGUGGCGCUCAUCAGCACGGUGGCCACCGAGGGAGCCGAGGUGAUCAACGCCACCAUAUCCUCGAUCCUGUCCACAGUCACCAGUUCGGUGGGCGAUAUCAGCGACGAGAUGACCACAGAUCCUCAAACGCCAGAUCAACUGCUCGAUAAUAUCUAAGGGGGAUUUUUUUGUUACGAUUC